CGUAUCAGCUCCACUCCUCACUUUGUUUACCAGCUAUAACGUCUUCUAUUGUCUGUCAGCUGUUGUCCUUCACUCUGAAACCAUGGCCAAGGACAUGACUCUGUUGUGGGGCAACGGCUCUCCUCCCUGUUGGAGGGUGAUGAUCAUGCUGGAGGAGAAGCAGCUGCAGGGCUACAACCAAAAACUGCUCUCCUUUGAGAAAAAGGAAGAGAAAUCUCAGGAAGUCCUGGACAUGAACCCCAGAGGUCAGCUUCCUUCCUUCAAAUGUGGGAAACAUAUCCUGAAUGAGUCCUACGCCGCCUGCUUUUUUCUGGAGAACCAGUACAAGUCUCAGGGAACCAAACUGAUCCCUGACUCUCCCGAUGUACAAGCAGUGAUGUACCAGCGCAUGUUUGAGGCUUUCACACUCGGCCAGAAAAUGACGGAUGUUAUCUACUACAACUUCUUGGUCCCAGAGGGGGAGAGACACGACUCUGCUGUUCAGAGAAACAGGGAGGCUUUGAGAGCUGAGCUCAAGCUGUGGGAGGGAUACCUGAAUAAAACGGACUGUUGCUUGGCUGGGAAAGAAUUCACACUGGCUGAUGUGCUUGUUUUUCCAGACGUGGCUUAUCUAUUCUAUUGUGGAUUAAGUACUGAGCGUUACCCUGCACUGGCAAAAUACUACAACUCUCUGAAGGACAGACCCAGCAUCAAAGCCUCCUGGCCUCCUUACUGGUUUAGUGUCAUUGACAAGGAAGUGCUGAAAACCGUCUGAGAUCUAAAUCCUCCUCAGUGGACACACUAACUGUUUCUGUUGUGAUUUGUUAUGUAACCACUCCUUGCAUUGCACAAUUUUUUUUUUACAAAUUACAUUUUGCUUCUGCUAUGAAGAGCAAUUUUCUACCAUAAUUUAAUGGUGAUUUUUAAAUGCAAAUGAUUCUUAUUGUGUUGCGAACAAAAGCAAUAAAAAAGAGAAUUUCAAUUUGACUGCUUAUUAAUCCCAGUUCAUUACAACAAAAAGAAGAAGAUAUUGCAGAGAACACUAUGUAAAGAUGAUGUUUUGUAUUUUUCAAGGAGACUACAUACAAGAUGAUGAAGUUUGAUAGCAUGUGUUUUUCUGGGGUACGUGUUUUCUCUGGCCUCUAAGAAUGUAAGGGAGAAUGAAAACCCUAUGUUAAAUGUUUAUUCUAUCUGGGCAAGGUCCAGUAAGUCUCGAGACUUGAAACCCCCUCUCUAUGUGUUUUAAUGUAAACCAUAUGUAGGUGGGUCCACACGACCUAUAUAAUCUUACUCAGAAGAACAUCCAUUGUCCAUUUACCGCAUGAUGUCUGGAUCACGAGCUCGUCUGUAUUCAAGUACCCUUAACUUGAUCUACCUGUGUCAUCUCUUCAUUGAGGAGCAUCCACAAUAAAAUCAUCAUCAUUUCAA